AUGUCUAUCAACCCUAGCCGGAGGUCAAGUACAGAGGAAGAUUACCGUGAGAUUGUGGAAGCAACUAUCCAUGAUCGACUACGAGAUGGAAUAGCACAACAUGCGAAGGAUCUAAAGGCGAAGAAGCGCCGACACCCCUUCGUUGGUAGGACACAGGACACCGACCUCACCAGGGUGGCCACCACAUUCUCCACGGACCUUGGUGUUGCACCAGAGACUCUUUCUGAUAUCGACCCUCGGCUUGACCCUCGGAGUGAAGCCUUCGACUUUCGGUUCUGGGCUACCAUAUUUCUCCAAUUACUUCGCGAGGAUGGAUUCAAACGCCAAAGCGUAGGAUUUUCCUUUUCCUCAUUAACUGUAUCUGGAACCGGUGCAGGGGUUGAGCUGCAAAAGACCAUUGCAUCUCCGUUUAAGGCGCUCGCAAACAUAACCAGGAUAUUUCAGAAGACUGAAAAAGAACCCACAAGGAUACUGAACAGUUUCAAUGGGGCUGUUAAACGGGGUGAGAUGCUCCUUGUCCUGGGCCGCCCCGGGAGUGGUUGCACGACGUUUUUGAAGUCAAUCAGCGGCCAUCUUGAAGGCUUGACAAAAUCUGAGGAGUCAGUCAUCGCAUAUGACGGAAUACCUCAAAAGGUCUUCACCAAAUUUUUCCCUGGGAGAGCCGUCUACAACCAGGAAAGCGAUGAGCAUUUACCUCACCUUACGGUUGGACAAACUCUGCAUUUUGCUGCAACAGCGGCAACCUCUCGCACUCGGAUCGAGGGAGUAACCCGAGAGGUACAAUCCACCCACAUGGCUGAAGUUAUGAUGAGAAUUUUUGGACUUUCUCAUGUAUACAAUACAAAAGUCGGCAAUGACACCAUUCGCGGGGUGAGCGGUGGAGAACGAAAACGCGUAAGCAUUGCUGAAAUGGCCCUUGCCCGAUCUUCCAUCGCAACGUGGGACAACUCCACAAGAGGGCUUGAUGCAGCGACUGCUCUGGAGUUUGCCCGCUCAUUAAGAACUCUUGCAGAUGUCAUGGGAGUCACCCAGGCGAUGGCCAUUUAUCAAGCAAGUCAGAGCAUAUAUGAUUUGUUCGACAAAGUCCUCGUUCUCUAUGAGGGCCGCCAGAUCUAUUUUGGACCUGUUGCCACAGCAUCGUCAUUCUUUCACACAAUGGGAUGGCAAUGUCCUCAACGACAAACCACUCCAGACUUCCUUACAUCCGUCACAAACCCAUCGGAAAGAAUACCAAGAGAGGGCUACGAGAGCAAAGUUCCAAGGACUGCUCUUGAAUUUGAGCAAUAUUGGCUAAACUCUGAUGAUUACAAGGCCUGUAUGUCAGAGCUUUCGCAGGAUGCAGAAGCGUUUGGGACUCAAAAUCCUCUGAACGAAGUUCGAGAAAUUCAUCGACAGUUGCAAGCGAAGCAUGCUCGGAAAUCCUCACCAUAUCUGCUCUCAGUUCCGAUGCAAGUCGGUCUUUGUAUGAAACGAUCUUCGCAACUUCUCUGGAAUGACAGAAACUCUACUGUCGCCUUGGCAAUUGGAAGGAUCAUCCUUGCUUUGAUCAUCGGUAGUAUUUUCUACGGACCUCCACCUACAACGGCAAGCCUAUCUUCCAGAGGUUCUGUCAUAUUCUUAGCCACACUCCUUAACGCUCUUAUGGCUGUCACUGAGAUAGCUUCACUCUUUGGAAAGAGACAAGUUGUACGACGACAGAAAGAAUACGCAUUCUACCACCCUUUCGCAGAUGCUUUUGCAGCAUUCCUUGUUGAUAUUCCACCGAAAUUCAUCAUCUCGACGUUGUUCAAUGUGGUCUUCUACUUUUUGGCCGGGCUCCGACCAGAAGCUGCUCCCUUCUUUGUCUUCCUGCUAUUCAGCUUUCUAUGCAUGCUGAUGAUGUCAGCCAUCUUCCGAACCAUUGGGUCUGCCUCCCAGCAAUUGGGAGCCGCUUAUGCAGUCGCCGGACUUGGUGUCCUUGUCAUGGUCAUCUACACUGGGUUCACGCUACAAACGACCUACAUGCAUCCAUGGUUUCGGUGGAUUAAUUACAUCAAUCCUGUCAGCUACGUCUUUUCUGCCUUACUGGUAAAUGAAGUUCAUGGUAGACUAUACAGAUGUGCACCACAAAACAUCAUUCCACCUUACUCAAACGGGGUUUCCAACUUUGCUUGUGCAGUCAUUGGGGCAACUCCCGAUCAAGUUGAUGUAUCAGGUGAUGAAUGGGUCAAGUCCGGCUACGACUACAGCUACUCGGAUAUCUGGCGCAAUCUCGGUAUCAUCAUUGCCUAUAUGCUGGCGUUUCUCGUAUUCCACCUCUUAGUGGUUGAAUUCAAGUCAACAGCAACGUCAAAUCCUCAACGCCUCGUCUUCCGCAACCGGAAAGCAGCAGAAUCGGUUGUUAGAAGUGGUCAGGAUAUUGAAUCCAAUGCAUCACAAAGAUCAAACAACUUCAUUGCUGCCGAAAUGACUGUGGAAGACAAGCUUGAGCUUUCGACAAGUGUUACUGAGGGACAGCAACCUGCUACUGGCGACCGUAAACAACAGAGAGGUCAGACGACCAAUGGAAGCCUUCUAACUUGGGAAGAUAUGACUUUGGAUAUUGACAUACGUGGUACCCAACGACGUCUUCUUAAUAACGUGUCGGGAUGGGUCAAACCAGGUACAAUGACAUGUUUGAUGGGUGUUUCCGGCGCGGGGAAAACAACCUUACUCGAUACUCUCGCCCAAAGACAAAAUACUGUUGGUCAACUAUCUGGAACCAUUCAUGUGGAUGGCAUGCCAUUGAAAUCAUCAUUCCAAAGAAGGACUGGAUACGUUCAACAACAAGACCUUCACUUGGAAACCAAUACCGUGCGCGAGGCACUAAGAUUUUCUGCUCUCCUUCGGCAAACAGCAUCUAUUUCGCGCGAGGAGAAAUUCGCUUAUGUUGAGAAGGUCAUUGAAAUGCUCAACAUGGAAUGUUUCAGUGAAGCCAUUGUUGGUUCGCCUGGUGAGGGCUUAAACAUCGAACAAAGAAAACUCCUUACCAUCGGGAUUGAACUGGCCGCCAAACCCAGUAUCCUCUUUCUUGACGAACCUACAUCUGGUCUAGAUUCUCAGAGCUCGUGGACUAUUGUUUGUCUACUUCGAAAGCUUGCCGCGAAUGGGCAAGCGAUAUUAGCCACAAUCCACCAACCUUCUGCGAUUCUUUUCCAACAAUUUGACUCCAUUCUCCUCCUCAGUAAAGGUGGUAGAACGGCCUACUUUGGACAACUCGGACGAGACUGUCAUACACUUACCAAUUACUUUGAGGCGAGCGGGGCACGUGCUUGCGACGAGCAGGAAAAUCCUGCAGAAUAUGUUCUCAGUCUUAUUGGAAAUGCCUCUUAUGAUUGGCCAGGGGCCUGGGUUUCUAGUGACCACUACAAACAUAUGAAGCAAGAUUUGUCGAUUCUUGCUACGGAUCGUUCUACCGCCCGAACAGAUACGGAUGACACCUUGGAAUUCGCUGCUCCUUUCACCACUCAAUUUAGAUAUGUUUUGAAGAGGUUGUUCCAGAACUAUUCUCGAAAGCCUGGCUACGUCUUUGCGAAGGUUCAAGCUGGAUUUCUGUCGGCAUUGUUCAUUGGCUUCAGUUUCUUCCUCCAGAAUUCAUCAAUGACAGGUCUUCAGAAUACCAUAUUUGCGAUAUUCAUGCUGAAUGCAACUUUCUCAACGACGGUCAAUCAGGUCAUGUCAAACUUCCUUCCACAACGCUCACUGUUUGAAGUCCGUGAAGCUCCUUCCAAGAUGUACAGUUGGGUUGUAUUCCUCCUAGCCAACGUCAUCGUUGAGAUGCCCUUCCAGAUUUUCCUCUCUAUCAUUGUCUGGGCGGCGUGGUAUUUUCCAGUAUUCGGCAUGCACCAAACAGGAGAAGAAAUUGGCUUGAUGUUUGCUUUCACCCUCCAAUUUCUAUUAUUUGCCGCCACUUUCGCGCAGAUGCUCAUCUUUACCCUUCCAAAUACCGAGACUGCUGCAAGUCUUUCAACAAUUAUGUUUACCCUGACCUUGCAAUUCAACGGUGUUCUUCAGCCUCCGGAUGCGCUACCAGGGUUCUGGAUUUUCAUGUAUCGAGUCUCACCAUUCACCUACCUAAUCGGCGGUUGGGCAGGUACAGGUCUUGCGGAUCGGCCUAUUGUCUGUGCUCAAAACGAACUGGCAAUCUUUGAUCCUCCCCAGGGUGAGACAUGUGGCGUUUACCUUGAGAGAUACCUCGAAGGUGGAGCCUUGGGGACGCUGUUAAACCCAGCAGCCUCCAACGCCUGUGAAUACUGCCCAGCAAGAAAUGCCGAUCAAAUCUUGGCUGCUUCAUGGAUCUAUCCAUCGGAACAGUACAGGAAUUUAGGAAUCAUGUUUGCAUACAUUGGGUUCAAUAUCGCUGCCGGACUUGGUCUCUACUACAUGUUCCGAGUCAAAAAUUUCUCGAUUAAAGGUCUGUUCCCAAAGAAGGCCGCAAAGGAAGAGCACGAAAAAGUACCUACCAGCAAGACUAAGUCCCAGAAGUUCCAUUUUGGCUUGUCCUUGCUUUGGAGCAUUAUCCGCAACACAGUCCGCUAA